AAAGAGUAUAACGAUACAGCCGCCAUAGCACCCUCUUAUGCCAUAUAUUUAACAAAAUUUCUGUCCUAUAGCCUAAGAGACGAAGUAUAUGACAAAGCAUCCUCGAUGGCGAGCAUGGAAAUUUCAGGAAAGACAAGACAACAUGUUUUUGCAGUUGUAAAUACCCUGGAGACGAGCGUUACCCGCUUAAAACCAAUCAUCUUCAUUGUCAUCACCGAUGUCUCAUCUUUGUAACCAUCGUAUUCUUAAAUUUAAGCAUAUGAUCCGAAAUGGGUGCUUUCAAUUCCAAUCUCUUUGGAUACCCUCUUCCGGCUUUUCCUCGAUCUUUUCUCUUAUCUCUUACGAUUAUUUGCUUCACCAUCGCACAGACUUCUUGGUGUCCUUGUGAAUCAAACACUUAACAAAGUGUUUGAUUCCAAACUCGAGAUAGCCGACUGAGUUUUGGUGUUCUGGGAAUGGAGGAUUCGCAGUGGUAUCGCAGGGCUGCCCAGCCAAGUUCUUCAGCUGCGUCGAAGCAGAGGCGGAGUGGGUACGAACCUUCUGAUACGGAGACAGACUGGCUUGAAAGUCCAUGGCGUGAAACCAGUCAUAAUAAUGGAGAUUUGGACUCUGACCAAGGGCCCAAAAUCGUGAUGCCAAGAAACACCAGCCCACUGAGAUUCAGCAGGAGGCAUCAUUCAUCGAGAUUUGAACAUGAAGUCUCAUCUCCUCCUGCAAAGGUUACUACUUCAGUGGCCAGCCCGGCUCAGAGGAGACGCAGCAGCAGCAAGUCACCGUACAAGCCAGUACGGAUAGACGAUGGUGCUGGUGCUGCUCUUUCACCCCCAAUGGGUUUUGAAUAUAAAAGAAAUAUUAGUCCCAUGUCAAGACCAGAGCGCGAAAGCCAUGUUUCUCCCUAUAAACCAAGGUUAGAUGAGCGCAAACUGGAUAGGAAUGAUUUUGCAGGGUCGACUAGAAAGCAAAAUCACAGAACUGUGAGUAGAGAUGGAAAUGGAGCUCAUCCAGUACAGCUUCUUGAAGUUGAUAGAGUGGUAGGUGAGAAAACAAACUACAGGCGUAGAUCAGCGACUGCUCCAAGACUGAGGAAAAACGAUUAUGGUAAUAUGCUGCAGAGAGAAGAGAGUGCCCCCUCGCCAUUGCCCAACAUGGUUCGUAAACAUAAGGAAGCUGUGAAUCAUGUAAAAACACCUUCAAUAGGUGAACUCAAUGAAAUGAUUGCCAAGGCAAAGCUUUCUGUUGGUCUUCAAGAUAAUGCACCUGUACUUGAGAGCAUUGAAUCCAUUUCACCAGGUGAUAUCUUCUUUUCCAGGGAUCACACAGCACUGGCGCUGCAGAAGAAUGUUCUGCCCAAAAAUAAUGGUUCUGAGAGCCAUUUCGCCCCGAAGCCUAGAAUGAUUUCCUCAAGAGAUGCUGCUACUCACCAACUAUUUAAAGUAAAUGAUACUUUUGAUCUUAACCCCGGGAAUACUCCAUCCCGAACUGGUUUUUCGCAAACAACUAUUUCCUCUAGCUCUGCUAUGAGUGGGAAAAAUAGCGGUAAACUUAGCAACAAGAGUAGUAAGAUGAGUGAUACUAGUGGGAGAACCACUGAGAGCAUGAGAAAAUUCACAGCCAAUAGGAGGAAGAGUCAAUCAAGGCUAUGGUUGGCUUGCAUGAGAAAGGGCCCUUGCAGAACAUCAAAAUCACCUGAACAUCGACCAGUUGAUGAAACUAUGUUUAUUGAGAAGGCAUUUGUGGUUGAAAACCUUAGACACUUUUGGGCGGAUAAACAUCAGCCUGGUUCAUUGAAUGGAUUCACUUGCCACAAACAAGAGGCUCAACUUCUUAAGCAAAUUGUGUCCCAUGAUGUCUGUCCCCACAUUUUGCUCAAGGGACCAUCUGGUUCAGGGAAGAAAGCACUAACAAUGGCUCUUCUACGUGAAAUAUAUGGUGAUGAUUGUUGGAAUAUAUCGCAUGAUCUCAGAUGUUUCCAGAUUCAGGAAAGAAGGCCAAUGCAAGUAGUCGUUCCAUUAACAUUCAGCACUUACCAUGUGGAGCUCAAUGUAAACUUGGAAGCAAAUGCUAAAUAUGCAUUAAUAGGACUAGUCAAGGAAAUAAGCAGUCAAUAUGCAGCCCCUGAAGUCAGCAAUGUCAAUUUCAGGCCAGAAUAUAAAGUGAUAGUCCUAUAUGAGGUUGACAAAGCAGAGCAGAGCACUCAGCAUUUGAUGAAGUGGAUCAUGGACUGUUACACAGAGUCUUGCAAACUCAUUCUCUGCUGUGAAGAUGAUGCAGACAUCCUUGAAUCUGUGAAAACCCGCUGCAAAGUUAUGAAGGUUGAUGCCCCUGUUACUCAUGAAAUCAUAGAGGUUCUAAUGCAGAUAGCAAGAAAGGAGGACUUUGAUCUACCUACGACCUUUGCCACUAAGAUUGCUACUAAAUCAAAGCAGAACCUGAGAAAAGCAAUCAUGGCUUUGGAAGCAUGCAAAGCACACAAUUACCCUUUCGAUGAUGACCAACCAGUUCCAAUUGGAUGGGAAGAAGUCCUAGACGAACUUGCUGCAGAUAUCCUAGCUGAUCCAUCGCCUACAAGGUUAUCUUACAUACGGGAAAAGUUUCAAAAGCUUCUUUUGGAUUUUGUACACCCAAAACUCAUCCUCCAGAAGCUCGUGGAACAGUUCCUUAAGCGAGUAGAGACUAGUUCAAAGAGGCAACUUUAUUAUUGGCAUGCUUAUUAUAAUAAGAAACUCCCAGCAGGAACAAGUGCUAUACUGAAAUUAGAAGAAUUUGUGGCCAAGUUCAUCAGUAUAUACAGGAAGAGUUCCAGUAAUCGUCAGUACAUAUAGUUAACACCAGACUGGUUUGUAUUGUAGGUAUCAUUGUCAUACAGCUGCAGCUGCUACUUGAUACUGCAAAAAGCCAAAAAAAAAAAAAAGAAUAAUUACAUGGCUUGUAGGGCUUUCUAUGUGGGGUUGGUUGGCAAUAGUUGAGAUAUAGACACAAAAACUGCUGCUCUCCAAAAGCUCAAAUCCCUUUAUUAAGGUUUGCUGGUGGAGAAAUGAAUGGCUUUUAUAUUUA